AUGCCCACCAUCUACCUGCCUUACCUGAACCCUUCGGUUGGCCGCCAAUGCGGCGACAACACUAAAGGAUCGCAAAUAGAGGAGCCGGAGCGCGGGGGCCGCCUCUGCCAGUGCAAGUCCAAGAGCCAAUGCUGCAAGAGGCUUAUCAGGCGAGGCCUGACUCGUCCGUUGACGGUCCAGCAGCCGGAGCAUGUCUCCUCGUCGCUCCGGGAGCAUUGA